UUGAUUGAAGGCCGUUGGGAAGAAGCCAUAUUUUGUCUCCAACUAUAUUUAGGGGGAGAGACGAUUUGUUCUUUCUAGCAGGUUCGGUACUUGUUAUUUGGAUCUUUGGUGGGACCGACACAGCUUGGUACCUCGCCAGUUUUCCAUCGCAAAUUUUAUCCUGAAUACAGGCAACACCUUUGAAGCCCACUGUCAUUUUUCUUGGGAGUCGGAGUCAUUGAUUAAAAUAAUCGUUCGUUUUCUGUUUUCUUGACGUUCUUCGAGAAAGGCGAUUCUUAGAUCAUGACGGCCAGGGCUGUCCUCAUCCUCAUCGCGGUACUGACCGUGGCGUCUGCUACGCAUGCAGAGCAAUGCCGCGGACGGGUUGUCGACGAGUACCAGACAUCAGAUGCUGACGUCAUUAUCGGAGUCAUGCAGAGUUUCUACGGCUCUUCCGACGGAAUGUCCUGCACUCUCCCUAUGAAGAAUCAGGAGACAUACGAAGCGAUCAAGGCUGCUCUUGUAGCCCUGCCCUCUGGGAUGGAAGCGCCGGAUUUCGACAUCGGUUUGGAGCGUUAUGAAUCAUGCAAAAUUCCUGAGCGGGCGGUCGCUGACGUCACAUACUAUACAGCUCAGAUAGUGAACCAAGUCAACACUACAGCACAAGGGGUAUAUCCUUGCCUUGACUCUCCUUACAGGCCAGGUUUGAUUGGACCGUACACCAGCGGCGAGGCUGCAGCAGUGUCCCCGAUACUGUCCAGUGCUGAGGGCCCUACGAUCAGCCAUUCUGCAACCUCCCCGUCGCUCAGUGAUAAGACCGAACAUGGGUUGUUCUUCCGUACUGUGGCAUCUGACAGUGUCCAAGCACAGGCGAUGGUGGAAUUUUUCGAUAGUUUUAGCUGGUCCUACGUUCAUCUGGUCUCCAGUGAAGGGUCAUACGGAAUGACUGGCGCUAAAGCCUUCAAGGAAGCAGCGAAAGGUCGUGUUGCUCUGGCUUCAGCAAUAAAUAUUCCAUCGGCUGGUGCUGAUUAUGAUCUCGUCGUCUCACAGCUCAUCGCUAACCAAGAUGCAACAGUGGUUGCAUUCUGGGGGUCUUCCUCUGAUUUGGUCAACCUACUCUUGGCCAUCCAGUCUCGAGGAGGCCCUGCUUUGGAUCUACAGAUCGUCGGAUGCGACUAUGACAUCCCCGCUGAUAUGAUGUUAGCUAAAGGCUUCUUCAGCAUCGCAGCGGGAGAAUUCUACAAUGCUGACGUACAGAACUACCUGAUGAAGAACAACAUAACCACCACUACCGACAAACCCAUGACCUACGUACCAUCCGCCAUUGAUGCCACCCAUGUCUACGUGGAUGCCCUGCGACGAGCGCACUCGGACAAGUGCGGCUCCUCCGGUCCUGGUAUUUGUGACGCCAUGAAGGCGAUGGGCUCUGCUGAAUUCGUGGAGAUGUACGUUAAGACAGCAGAUUUUACCGGUGUGUCCGGAAGGAGGAUUGCGUUCGAUGGUAAUGGUGAUCCUGUCGUUCCCGCUUUCGAGAUCAGACAGCUGCAGACUGAGGGCGCCACCUUGGCAGUCAGGAAGGUUGGUCAGUGGAUGGGACCAGGCACAUUAAUGGUGAAUGAAAACGAAAUCGAGUUCUAUCUGCAGAGUGGUGUUACGAAUACGCCACCGACAUCGUCAUGUAGCAGUGAGUCAUGCGUCGUGGUCUAUGACCACUACGACAUUCUCAACCUAGCUGGAAUCUUCCCUGUUCAUGAGUCAGAUUGUGCAACUUUGAGCCAUCAUCCGGGUAUUGAUCAAGCUGAAGCUAUGCUGUGGGCCAUGGAUCAAGUGAACAAAGAUUCAUCCCUUCUGCCAGGCAUGCAGCUACGACCAAUGCUUGGAGAGUCUUGCAGCUCACCCGACCAAGCCGCCUCGGUCACGUAUGACUUCGUGCGACAUUUCACUCGGCAACCCAACCAGGCCUUCGGGCGUUAUCACAACCAGGAUAACAUGGAAUAUGAAUACAUGGCUGGUGUCAUCAGCCGUGUCGAUGAUGAGGAGACGGUCGAGAUUGAUCAAGUCCUGCAGCCCCUUGGAGUUCCUCAGGUGAGCGACUCUGCCAGACUACCAGCCCUUAGCAACAAGGCCAAGUACCCCUAUUUCUCCCGCCUCGUGGCACCAAGCUGUGCUAUGGUAUCUGCUAUCGUGGCGUUCCUCAAGGAACACGAUGUCACCUAUGUACAAGUAACACAGUCACGUGAUGGAAUCUACAACACCACCGCAGCGAAAUUUGUUGAAGAAGCUAGAAAGAAUGGCAUCUGCGUUGCUCAAACUAUCACAUUCGAGCCCAUCACCGACUUCAACGGGGCAGUCGAUCGCCUUCUCGCCAAGCCCUCUGCCGACAUCGUCGUCACCUUCGCCAGCAACGACGACACCCAGUUACUUUUCAGCGCCCUGGAGCGACGUUCUCUACCUGGAGAGUUCUUGCAGAUGAUCUAUGCUUUCACUGCGGACACAAACUACUUAGAGAGUUGGAACAGAGAAGUUCAUACUGAUUCCAUCACUCUGAGGCGUAAGUCGACCCCAGUCGACGACUUUGUUGAUCACUUCAUCUCCCUGACACCCCAAUCAACGAUGGAGGAGGGGUUCUUUGCUGAUACGGUCCAUAACACUUGGUUCGCUGAAUACUGGAUGAACAAGUUCCAGUGUCAGAUCGGAGGCGCGAGUAUGCCGCAGCUUUUCACCACCCCAUGCUCAGGGAGAGAAUCUCUAACACGUAGGGACGUCUACACUGCAGAAGGCGUCAUCAACGCGGUGUACGUCUUCGCUCACGCUCUCACUAACCUCCACCGCAACAAGUGCCCCGGACCACGCUCAGACGGGCUGUGUGAUGCCAUGCUCGCCACAUCGCCCCUGGAAUGGGCCAGAUAUCUCCAUGAAGUCCGCUUCUUGAGCCGAUCUGGCAGUAUGGCUGAAGUGUCCUUUGAUGAGAAUGGCGAUGCACCUAGUGCCUUCAACAUCCUGGCUCUGGACCAUUACUUGGUCAAUAAAGUGCUUGCUACUUACGAAGAUGACACUGGACUUGUUACAGUCGACGACCGAUUUGCUGUCGGCAGCGGCAAAGAAUCGUCAUGCAGAGGAGCCUGUUACGAAUGUUCCGAUUCUACGGAACUUGGUGGAACCUAUCUUCGCAUCCCAGGAGACUUUGACGUUACGGCUGUCCUUUGGUUGAGCGAGGAGGGUGAGGGCGCUAACCUGACAUGCGGAGCAACCCGUCAUCAAGAGACCAUGGCCAUUGAGAUCAUAAAACAUGCUUUGGAAGAAAUCAACAACAGCAGCCUCAUCCUUCCGGAUCUCAAGCUUGGUUUGACCAUCGUCGACUCGUGUGGUCAGUUCCUGGUGACCGCUCGCCAGCUGACCUCCUUGAUCGGCCGAACAGCGUCCAACCUGCCCCCGACUGGACCAAUGCUGGGCGUUCUCGGUCCAGUGAGAGAGUAUCUGCAAGGUCACGUAGCCAGUGACGUCACAUCCCCUUUCUAUAUCCCAACGAUCGGUUUCACCCCCGCAAGUCCCUCCGUGUUCAGUGAUGAGGGUCCAUACCCGGCAUCGUCUCUGCUCAGCACUGCACCAGCAUACGACAAUGAAGCCGUAGCCGCUGUCGAUAUCCUGAAGUACAAAGGAUGGCAUCACGUGAUCUUUGUCUACUCACAUUCCUACUAUGGCCAUGCAGGUAACGAGUCUUUCAACAAUGCGGCCAGGGCUGGUGGAAUCUGCGUCCGUGAUAGCAUCGGUAUCGACCUGGAAUCCCCACAGAGUACCCAUGACGACAUCGUCCAGAUGAUCAGGGAUUACGGAAUCACCGUCGUCGUCGCUUUCGUCGAAAGUACUGAUGCCCGCAACCUCCUGACAGCUGAGAUGGAAUCUUCCCAGGGACCUGGUGAUAAGAUCACGUGGAUCGGCUCCGAUAAAUGGUUCACUGAUCCUGAUGUUGACGUCACGGCCGGACUCGAAAGCGUUGCCCGAGGCGCCAUUGUCGUCACCAACUACAUGGUCGAUUACAACCCGCUCAAGGAGCAUCUUUCUAAUCUCGACUUGGUCAAGGAGACAAAUGAGAACCACUGGCUUCGCAAUUACGUCACCGAUGAAUUCACCAAUGGAUGCACGUCUUCCGAAUGCAUCCAGGCCGUCGAUCUGGGGAAGCAGGGCGUCAUCCCUCCCUAUGCCGCGACACUCAUCAACGCCGUCCAUGCAAUCGCUCAGGCUGCUCAUAACAAGAUCCAGCUCCUCUGCGGAAACGGUGAAUUUGUGGGUCACGUCUAUAAAAGGUCCAACUAUCACCAGCGACCCAACGUUUCUGUUCCUCUAUGUCCGGAGUUCUUCGAAGCAUCAUGGCAUGAUCUCCUGUACGCCGUCAAGGACGUGUACGUCUUCGAAGGGGCCGGUCGACGUCCAUUCUGGUUCGAGAACCGUCAAGGACCAGCCGAGUAUUCCAUCAUCAACUUCCAGGGCGAGGGUUCGACUGGAAGCUUCGUGCCGAUUGGUGAGUGGAUAAGUGGAGAACUGACCAUGGAAGACAGUAUGACCUACCUCUACAAUGAAGCUGCUAAUCAGCCCAUCGAUGCUCCGUCUGAAUGCCCUUCUGCCCUCUCCGAAUGCCCAACAGCCGGACCGGAAACCCAGGCUUCUGGCUGGACAUGGAGUACCAACAUGGAGUCCUGGAGCAUCAUUGUGUUGAUCGUAACUGCUAUCGUCGGAUUCCUCUGCGUGGCUACCAUCUUUGUCAUCAUCGGACGACGCGACUCCGCCAUCCUCAAGAGUUCCAACCCGUUCCUGAUGACCAUGCUGGCCGUCGGAAUCAUCCUGAUGUACCUCAACAACAUCUGGUACAUGGUGUCCCCUGUUGAGUCAGCGUGUGGCGUCCAACGCUGGAUGACUAGCUUCUCCUACUCGGUUGUCUACGCUGUCCUGGUAACCAAGACUCUCUGCGCCAGUUUCAUGGCUCGAAGCGACGUUGCCACCAAGUCCAUCCUCAACAGUUUCCCGAUGCACAUCGUGCUGUUCUGCGUCCUGCUUGGCGCUGAGGUCAUCCUGGUGACUGAGUGGCUGAUCCUUGACGCACCGAGUGUUGAUGCGGCCUAUGAAGUUACCCAAGCCGGAUGCAUGGCGUUCAUCGGCCAGGCUUGUAACCAUGACAACGUCAGCAUCAUCGUCUCCAUGAUCUAUGUCUACAUCCUCGUCCUGACGACCUUGGUCAUGUCGUUCUUCUCGUCCCACCGUCUCCAAGGAACGGCUAAGAAAGAGAAUAAGUUCCAUCUCCUGACCAGUCUCCUGAGCAUCUGUUUCCUUGUGUCCUGGGCCUGUUGCUACACGCUCCUCCCUCAGAAGAACUACCAGACACCAGCCAUCCUCAUCGGGAUCACUGUGGAUGCUACCUCCAUCUUCCUCUGCAACAUCGUACCCAAGAUGAUGGCCUUCUUCAACGGCGAUGAAGACGAUAUGUCCGAGGUAUCCGAUGUCACUGAGACUUACAAGGAGAAAUCGGGCUUUGAGAACAAAGGAAUGAAUGAAACCGACGACCAGACCCCACUGUAGUCACGUGAGUCUCUCUCUCUCUCUCUGUGGCUGUAUCUCUCUUUUUCUCUCUAUCAACCCCUCUCUAUAUCUAUAUCUUCCCCUCUAUAUUUAUCCUCCCCUCCCCCAUCACCUCUUUCAUUCUACAUUCCCUCUUCUUUCUUCCCGGGUCUUUCAUAUUUUGUAUUCAAUACAAGAGUUGAGGCAGAAGAUCUAAAAAUGGAGCCAAGUUUGUGUUGAAUAACAGUACCGCAGACAACAUACUUACCCAAGGAUAACUUCAACAGUCUUAUAGUAGAUUUGAUUGGCAAAAUACCAAACAAGUUGGAGCUGGCAUGUGUAGCCUAUAUCGUAAAAUACGCGUUGUGAACAAUUUACAGUAUGCGCGUGCCAUAAGCAAAAUGGUGGUCGUUUCUGUUAAAUGAAGUAGUAAUUCAGUAAUCAAGUUAUUGUUCUUUAAAAAGGACCUUUGAUGUGCUGGCCGAGACAAUUCAAGAUGUAUUUUUGUUUGUUUGUACAUGAUCGUGUUUUAUAUAUAUGCACAUAUUUAAUGGAAUUAAACUACAUGUAUGCAAAUUUCGUAAUAAAUAAAAUCAUGACUGCUAACAUUCUUAAU